UGCCGCGACUUCGGCGUGCCCGGCGGCACGCUGCGAGGCUGGCUCAAGGACGAGCCCAAGCUGCGCUGGUUCCUGGACCAGCUGGGCGGCGAGGUGGGCACGCAGCGCAAGAAGAUGCGGUUAGCCAAUGAGGAGGAGAUCGACCGCGCAGUGUACUCGUGGUUUCUCGCGCUGCGCCGGCAUGGCGUGCAGCUGUCUGGCCCGCUCAUCCAGGCGCAGGCCGAGGCCUUUGCACGCCAGAUCUAUGGGCCUGAGUGCACCUUCAAGGCCAGCCAUGGCUGGUUCUGGCGCUGGCAGAAGCGGCACGGCAUCUCCAGCCAGCGCAUCUAUGGCGAGGUGGAGCCCCCAUCCGCGGGCCCCACGGUUGGCCCACCGGUCAAAGCAGAACCUGCUCAAGCCCCCAGCACCGGCCCGCUGCCAGACCGGGCUUCCGCUGCGCCGUGCCCCUCCGAGGCUGGUUAUGGCGAUGAGCAGAUCUACAACGCCAACGUCACUGGCCUCUACUGGAGGCUGCUUCCGGAGCAGGCUGUGCCCCCCGGUGCUAGGGACCCAGAAAUAGGGGGAUGCGGCUGGCGCGCCGACCGUGUGACAGUGCUCUUGGCUGCCAAUCUGACUGGCAGUCACAAGCUGAAGCCGCUGGUCAUUGGGCAGCUGCCUGAUCCUCCCAGCCUGCGCCACCACAAUCAAGACAAGUUCCCUGCCUCCUACCGCUAUAGCCCCGAUGCUUGGCUCAGCCGUCCACUGCUGCGCGGCUGGUUCUUCGAAGAAUUUGUUCCAGGCGUCAAGCGAUACCUUCGCCGAAGCUGCCUACAGCAGAAGGCAGUGCUGCUUGUUGCCCACCCUCCCUGCCACAGCUGGGGCACCAGUAUGCCCUCUCUGGAGGAGAGCGAGGAGACCCCCAGGCGAUGCCAGCCGGAAUCCCUCGGGCCUCCAGAGGAGCUGCAGACACCCGAUGGCGCUGUGCGGGUGCUCUUCCUAUCCAAGGGCAGCAGCCGGGCACACAUCCCUGCACCUCUGGAACAGGGUGUGGUGGUGGCUUUCAAGCAUCUAUACAAGCGGGAGCUGCUGCGGCUGGCCGUGUCCUGUGCCAGUGGCUCACCACUGGACUUCAUGCGCAGCUUCAUGCUCAAAGAUAUGCUGUACUUGGCUGGCCUCUCCUGGGACCUGGUGCAGGCAGGCAGCAUUGAGCGCUGUUGGCUACUGGGCCUGCGGGCUGCCUUUGAGCCUGAGCAGCAGCCAGCCCACCAAGCUGAGGAAGCUGCAGAGCACAACAGGUUGCUCAGUGACCUCACACAUCUGGCAGCACUGGCUUACAAGCGCCUGGCACCUGAAGAGGUGGCUGAGUGGCUGCACCUAGACGAUGAUGGGGGCCUCCCUGUUGGCUGCAGAGAGGAGGUGGGCCCUGCCUGGCCCCCUGCAUUGGCCCCUGCAGCCUCGCCAUCCCCAGCCAGUCUGCCCUCUAGCAUGGGAGGUGGAGAGGAGGAGGAGACCACAGAGCAUGGAGGGGUAUUGGUGCCCACUGCAGGAGAGGCUGUCUGGGGUCUAGAAACAGCUCUUCGGUGGCUAGAGAGCCAGGACCCCAGGGAGGUGGGGCCACUGAGGUUGGUGCAGCUUCGCUCACUCAUCAGCAUGGCCCGGAGGCUGGGGGGAAUUGGGCCUUCCCCAGCAGCUCCUGAUGAUGGUGUUUGACCAUGCCAGCCUAGUUACCUUUUCCUGCUGCAGUUUCCCUGCUUCCCUGAGGUAGCCCACCCAAUGGGUUCACGGGACACGGGUCCCAGCCCAACUUGGGCUCUGUUGGUAAAGGGUCAUCCUGCCCCAGUGGUCCGUCCACAGGCUCUUGGGGAGGAUUGCUGAAGGAGGGCCCUGGCUGAUCCUUCUCCCUAGGCUGGACACACGAGGUUCCCUCACACACACUGGGCACAUGCUCAGCACCUAUCCAAGAGCAGUUGG